AUGAACGAAGAGGCAGUCUAUUCAGAUUCUGGAGAAUCCUCAAACGGGCCAACUGCGAUCGACGUCAAACUAUCCAUUGUUACAAUCAGACUAACACGUUUUAUCCUUGCACAUAGCGUGUCUCAAAAUACAAUUAUAAGUAGGGAUAAAUUGUUGAAAACGUUACGUGAAUUAUACAAGGAAGAAAAUUGCAGGCCUGUUGGGUUUGCUACUAUAUUUGAACAAGUGAACCAGAUGCUAUCAGACACUUAUGGAUAUGAAUUUCGUGGCAUUGAAGCAAAGUCUAAGACUAACAAGGUGAAAGCGCACGAUAAUAAUGGUUCUGGGACUCAGGUCGGUGGAGAAUCAGCUAUGACUAGCGUCACUGACACAGCAUCUGCCUCACUGGGCGCUAAAGCCACACAUUUUAUUCUGCUGAAUAAAUUACUCUAUAUGUCUCAUUUUGAGAACUUCAAAUUAGACCAAACCAUAGCGUUGUAUAAUGAUACGAUUGAUCAAGAUGAAUAUGUAGGUGACGAUAUGAGUCGAGGUAAUGUGAACACUUUGGAGAGUAGGCUUGGUGUGGACCAAGAGAUGGCAUUACAAGGGAUUACGUGUUUAUUCAUAUGUAUUAUCCUGUUCUCAAAUAAUAAUAUCUUGCACCAGGAAAUCAUCGUGUAUCUGAACAAGUUCGGUAUACCUGUAGAUGGUACAGAGAUCCCCAUUAUUGGAAUGUCAUUAGACGAUUUUAUCAAACACAUCGAAAAGAAGGAAUAUAUAGUUAGACUAGAGGAGAAACCUACAGGUAAUGACGCCGCUAGUAAUACUGUUGGUAUCACAUUGUACAGGAUCGGGAGACGUACCAAAUAUGAGUUCGAUGUAUCGUCGUUGGUCCAGAUGUUAGAACAAAUGAUGGGGAUUACAGUAGACAGUACAUUGUUAGAAGACAUCAAAAAGAGUGUUGCUGAUGCUUAUGAUUAA